AUGACGGCCAUCACUCCUUCCCCAGAGGUCAGCCCCGUGUCAGCAGCAACCACCAAUGGAGGCUUUCCCCGCGACGCCUUCUCCCUCAGUCUCUCCACUCUGCCCGAUGCCAAUAGCUUUGUCCUCAAAUCCACCCUCCGGUCGCCCCAUCUCCUCGACUCCCCCAAUGGCAUCUUCACCGCAAGUGCUCUAAACGGUUCUCUCAAAAAGCGGACCCGCAACAUGUCGCAGUCGUCUGGUACCGACCGGGAAAUGUCCAAUGACCACACCCCGCCUGCCCAGCCAAACGGUGUCGUGCCCACGAGCAACGGUACCAACGGCACACAUGCCGAACCACGGCCCGCCAACAAGAAGCGGCCCAGCACCGACACCAUCGACUAUCCGCGCCGCCGCGCCACCAUUGCGUGUGAAAUCUGCCGCUCGCGCAAGUCGCGAUGUGAUGGAACCAGGCCAAAGUGCCGCCUGUGCACAGAGCUCAACGCCGAAUGCAUCUACCGUGAGCCGGGCAUCAAGCUCGACGCGGGCGACAAGCUGAUCCUCGAGCACCUGAACCGCAUCGAGGGCCUUCUGCAGUCGGGCCUGACGAGCAGCUUCUCGCUGUCGUCGCACUCGCCAGCCGCGAGCAACUCGACCAGCGAAGAUUUUCUCGUCCGGAGCACCGGCCAUAUCCCCCAUCUCGGCAUGGUCCAGCCCAUCAACGGCAUAGGAACUUGGAUCAACCAUCCCUCCAACAUCUCAACCAUGCCAAAGACGCAUAACACGGCCGCGCUAAACCUGCUGUCGUCACCCAUGAUUCGGGAGCUGGUCUCCCGCCAGUAUGAUGCCAAGAUCCUGCUCCAGCUCGAGAUGACCAGAGAAUCAGUCAGCCUGACGGCCAGCCGUGGCCUGGAUCUCUCCAACACCGGCACCUAUGUGCAAGCUUACUUUGAGAGAGUAAACGUCUUCUAUGCCGUGGUCAAUCCCUACACGUGGAGCAACCACUACCAGACUGCCCUUAGCCACGGAUUCCGCGACGGCCCUGAGAGCUGCAUAGUCCUCCUAGUCCUUGCCCUGGGCCAUGCUGCAAGCACGGGAAGCAUCACGCAGCAGAAUCCCGAAAAGGAUCCUCCAGGCUUGGCUUACUUUGCUGCAGCCUGGAGCCUGCUCCCGACCGUCAUGACAAAGAACAACAUGGUUGCUGCGCAAUGUCAGAUCCUGGCCGCAGCAUACUUGGUGUACCUGGUACGCCCCGUCGAAGCCUGGAACGUCCUGUCGGGCGCCAGCAUGAAGCUUCAGCUGCUGUUGAGCGCGCCUGGACGCGUGUCUCCGGCCGAAGAGGAGCUGGGCAAGCGAGUGUAUUGGAAUGCAGUCAUGAUCGAGAGUGACCUCCUGGCAGAGCUGGAUCUCCCUCACUCUGGCAUAGCACAGUUUGAAGAGGGCUUCUCGCUACCGACGGGCUUUGAGGAUAUGGGAACAGAAGCCGUUGGUCGCGAUGAGCUGUGGUAUUUUCUUGCAGAGAUCGCCCUCCGACGACUACUCAACCGCGUAAGCUCCAUGCUCUACAUCCGAACGACACCCUACUCCAAAGGCCCAGCUGCCACGUCGAUUGCUCAACUAGACCCGCUGGUCGUGGAACUAGAUUACCAGCUGAACCAGUGGUAUGCCGGACUACCACCAGCCAUGCAAUUCCCACUCGACCGAGUGCCACUACAGAACCCGGUGCAGACCGUGUUACGGCUACGCUAUUUUGCAUGCCGCACCAUCAUCUUCCGGCCGUACGUGCUCCUCGUCCUGCAAGACGAAGCAUUGGCAAUGGAUUCCAGCGUGCAGGACAACUGCCACAAGUGCCUGGAAGCAUGCGUUCGUCAGCUGGAAUACAUCACUGCGCACCACGCCGGACAUCUCCCCUAUCUGUUUCAAGGGGCUCUCUCUAUCAUCUCACAGACAUUGCUCAUUAUGGGCGCGACCAUGACACCGUCGCUGUCACAGCUUCUUCCGCCACCGGCGACCAUGGACGAUAUCAUCAACAAUGUUGUUCUGGAGAUGGAAAGAUAUGCUCAUCUUGCACCGAGUCUCCGUCUCUCUGCUGAGAUUAUCCGUGAAGCCGAAGGGAAGCGACAAAUGUGGCUACGCACAGCAGGACUCAAAUUCGAGGUUUGA